AUGGAUGGACGCUUGCAUGGAUCACCCACCCCAAAAGCCAAAGGACCUGACCCUGCAACCUUCGAAGCCAUUUUCCACCCUCCACCCGACAUUUGCUUCUGCGUCCACCUCUCGCUGCCUAUCAUCCCCAAUCUUGAACGCCCCAAAGAACAACCCGAACGAGCAGAAUCCCGCCCUCCCCCAACGAAUCCGACUAGAACCAACAACCCGAGGGAUCCUGGAAAUGCUCCCUCGCUCGCUCGGCCGGGCUCUUCUGCCUCUGGCCACACCCGGCGCGAUUCCGUCGGCCACCCGAUAUCACCAGAUGGCGCAAACUCUCGGCCGCCGCUCGAGUCGGUGAAGAAGCUGGAUCAGAUUCUACAGAAUUUCUACCUCAAAGCAGCCGCGCUCAUCCUCGAGUCUCGCAUGUCGCUUCAUUAUACCUCGAGCUCUAAGAUGAGCAAGUGGUUCCAAAUAGAAACGCGGGAUUUUGACGACUUUCGGGAAGAGUUGCGAAUGUGGAAGACCUGUGGAAGUUUCGAUAAUCGGCCUCCUCCACUUAUCAUUGAAGUCUACCUCGACACCUCGGAACUUGCUACGAGCCAAAGCCUCGUCAUCAUAGACGAGCACGGGAAGAGGUGGGACGUGGCAGAGGCGCUUGCGAGCUCCGGCUCCUCGAGCUCCGAAAACCAGAGUGGUGGCCCAGCACGGAAUACCGAUAUCAUCCUCGAGCGAUGGCGCAUAGACCUCAAGACAAGCGCGUACGACAAUGACGACUUUGCCCCCGUUCUCCCCACCAUCUACAAGAAAGCCAUCGUCUUUUUCCGCAGUCUUUACUUGGAGACGAGGAUAUCACCGUGCUUUCACUUUUCUCAACACGAUAAGCAAAAGGACCUGUACCCCACUCUUCGGCCACGGUGCCGGAUAAAAAUGAGCGAGUCAGAACGUCGCGGCCCGGAUCCCCUGAAGCAUCCGCUCUACAACUCGAGCAAGCAAGUUUACGAGGAGUACGUGUUCGGCGAUCUAGAGCUGCCCGUAGGCAGGCUCUACGCCUCUAUUGCCUACCGCAAAGAUCUUAACUUCCGCAUCGACGACUCGGAAAAACUGUUAAGCUCUCGGUUCAUGGGUGCCGACGAGAGUUUGUUCAAGCCUUCUUUACCGCAGUCGUUGGGAAAUAGGCAGCAUAGUGCUUUCCGAGAGAUUGGUACGCAAGGAGGCACAAAGAGACCCCCUCUCCCAGCCCAAACCUACGGUAGCCUGUCGACAUUCCACGGAGCCGGCCCGAUCGGCACGAGCCCUAUAUCUGCGCUCAAUGCUGUCCGCGCGCCGGGGUCGGAUACAAGCUCGCCGCCCCAAUCCCUUCCGACGAACCCUGAACCCGAGCCCCCACAUUCCGUUCCCAUAACCUCUGGGUUUGGAGCGGGGAACCGAUUCUCUACUGCGCCUACGGGCGGGCACAACCCCGUCGACCCUCCAUAUCGUUCCAGGGAGCUCUUUGACGGCAGGAAUGCCAGCAUCCCUGCGUGGACCAGCAGUCCCCAUCAGCUCCAGUCAUGUCCAGAGCCCCGGGAUACCCGAUGCACUAGCCAGCUCCCGCGACCGGCGUCGACAAGCCGGUACAGCAGCAGCUUCACGCAUAGGCGCGGAAGACUAUCGUUUAGCGGGCCUAACAAGCCUCUUGAUGAUGACCAGCUUAGCAGCGGGCGUCAAAGCGUCUCGUCGUCUGUCAUACAGCCAGGCUCAGGGCUGCUCGCGGAUGCCGGAGCAGUGGCUAGCUCUGGGUCGUUUCAGACAGACGACGACAACAUAUCCGAGUUCCUCAAGGUGCUCGAGAACAAGAAGAACCUAAAGAGCUUUGAGUCGUCUAAGCGAGCCGAGUCAGCCACGAAUCGCACGGUCGCUCAGCUAUCUAGGUUCCACCUCAUGAAGGAAGCCAACCACCAGUUGACCGAGUCGAUGACAUCGUCCUCGAUACAGAUGCAGCGGUCGUCGAGUACGUCUAGCAGGCAACUCACGAGCGUCCCCGGCAUGGUUGCGCCGGCUUCUGUGUCAAGCUCAGACUCACCCGUCAAGCCUCUUUCACCGCAUACACCGCACACGCCGGCGAUCCCAUCGCGUCUGAGUGAGAAUUCCAUCAUCAGCUACCCGCGGGACCAUCGAGGUGCCCAUGAGGCCGCUGGCUCAACUCGGGAUGCUGCCCCUGCGGAACCGUCACGCGAGUCAACCAUUACCCAAGAGCGGGUUGCAGCCAUUGACAUUCCUCUCUCGCCGCGGGUGGGCCCGCAUGCUCGACGACCGAGCUCGGUCGUGCAGGAGCCUAGGGCGAUCUCAACGGACGAUGACGAUGCCGAUAUGCCAUUUGCCCAUCGCAGCAUUAGUCUGGGUACGGACCGUGAGCCUCUCGCAGCUCUGAGCGCGUUACGAGGCAUGCCAUUGGGCGUCGAAGACGACGACGAUGAUGACGACGACGACGACGAACCUCGAACGGCUCCACGCGGUAUCGGCACGGAUGCGAGUGAUGUGGUAGCAAGCCCGUCAGAAAUGAUGCCGCCUAGCUCGGGAGAUGGAAAGUCCCCAAGCAGCCUCCUCCCCGCGUCCUCGAGCUCACCAUUUGGGCGCCGUCGAUACAUGGGCAUGGCGCAUGCCAUUGCGGGCCGAGGCCAGACGCCGCCGAACACGAGUCGCGGAAGCUACAUGGGCGCUGGCGGCGUCAAUCGGCAUAGCCGGGUCGAGAAUGAUGACGACGAGCCUCUCCUCUUUGUCAUGUCGGAGAUGGAUGCUCACUCGAGACGCAGUCUUGAGGAAGGACGCGGAGGUGGUGGUGCAGGCUCGGGACCGGGUGCUGAUCGUAACGCUGCUCGGCGUGGGUGGUAA